AUGUCUGGUAGAGGAAAGGGUGGAAAGGGUCUAGGCAAGGGUGGUGCCAAGCGCCAUCGCAAGGUUCUUCGCGACAACAUCCAGGGCAUCACCAAGCCCGCCAUCCGCCGCCUGGCCCGACGCGGUGGUGUCAAGCGCAUCUCCGGCCUCAUCUACGAGGAGACUCGCGGUGUGCUGAAGGUGUUCCUGGAGAACGUGAUCCGGGACGCCGUCACCUACACUGAGCACGCUAAGCGCAAGACCGUCACCGCCAUGGAUGUGGUCUACGCGCUCAAGCGCCAGGGCCGCACCCUGUAUGGCUUUGGGGGCUGAACUGCACCGCCACUGCCU